UUCGAGCUACAGUCGUCACUGUCGUCAGUCGAGAACCGGAGUUGGGUCUGAUCGGACCCACAGCACUCUGACGAGGUUUCUUGAACGGAAAAACAGAAACACUUUCACCGAGAUGCUGAGGAAAACUGUUCUCGUUUUCGCGGCGCUCGUCGUGCUCACCAGUGCUACGCAAGUUAAUUACUGCGAUUCUGAAACCCCGUUCGAGGAUGCCACGCAGAUCAGCGUAUCCGGCUGCGAUAAACCUGAAUGUUUGUUGAAACAGGGAACGGAUGCCGUCAUAGAGAUCAAACUCUCGCCUAACGAAGAUAUUCAGACCUUGACUAAUGAUGUGCACGCGAUUCUUUUUAAUGUACCCUUGCCCUUCGUGGGAGUCGACGGAACAAAUGCCUGCGAUAAUAUUUUCAACGCCGAUGGUAGCAAAGCUGGUUGUCCCUUGAAGAAAGGCGUACAAUAUAUAUACAGAAACAGUUUCCCUGUGCUGUCGAUAUAUCCCAGGGUUUCACUAACCGUACGUUACGCACUGCGACAAGGAAAUGACAGAGUUAUAUGCUUCGAGGUACCAGCGAAGAUUACGAAAUGAACUGCUUCGCGCUGACUUCGGUAUAUUAUAAUUAAAAGUCACAAUGUGUGUAGUCGAUGUAGUUCUGAGCUUAUAUAAUUUAAUUGGCCGAUAGAGAAUGUGCAUUCAAAUAAUCCUUACAAUGCAACGUAUGCCAUAUUAUGAUACAUGAAUGUAUAAGAUACUUAAAAAAAAAUAACUUUCUAUUUUUAAUCAA